CAUAAAAUUCAGUCAUGCGCUGCGUUGUAUUCGCGUCACAACGUUACGUCUAUCUAUCAUAAAGAAUUUUUAUUGAACCAUUUCGUGCGUUUCAUUUUCUCACUUAAAAAAAUAAUCGAAAAAUGGUCUUUGAAAGAGAAUUGAUUAGAUUAGUGAAGCAGAAGAAAUGUUUAUUUCAAACAAAAGCUAGAUCGGGGAGAGAUAAGGAAGAACGCUUAAAUGAAUGGCAACGUGUAGCAAAUGCGUUGCAAAAACCAGUGGUUGAAUGCAAACAGAGAUGGCGAAGUUUACGAGACCGUUUCGUGAGAGAGAAAAAGAAAAUAGAUUUCGGUGACGCACCGCAAGAUAGUGACCAACAAUGGGAAUACUAUGAAAUGAUGAAAUUUUUAAUCCCCUCUGUGAAGCCCAGAAAAAGUAGAAUAUCAAAAGUUCAAAUAGAAGGCGCCAAAAUAUAUUUGAAUCAACAAUUUAGUGGUAAUUUUGCAAACAUUAGCAAUAGCCUUUAUGAUGAUAGAUCACCGUCAGUUGUCAAUGCGAAUCAUUCAUUUGAUGAAAUGUUCGAUGAUACAGAAACAACAACACUUCACGGAUACAAUGUUGAAUCUCAUCCGAAUAAUGAAACCGAAGAAGUGUCGAUGGUGGACGAUGAGGAUUUUACAGACCAAAAACCAUCAUAUGCUUUCAAACAAGAAGAAGACUUAAAAGAUGAUGAAUUUGAAAGUUAUAAUAAUUAUCCAAUGGUAAAAAUAUCCCAGUUAACUCCUUCUAGUCCAAAUGAAAACCAAAGAAUUUAUUCAAAAACCUAUGAAAAUAGUGCAUCUACUUCAAAACAAUCAGAAGCAGUUACUACGACGAUGACACCGGAAACGGCAACAACUUCUAUUCCAGAGCCAACAGUUGCUUUUAUGGAACUCAUGAAAACAGUUACAUCGGAAAUCAAUAAAGUUUUGGCUGAAGAGAAAGAUGAAAAUGAUUUGUUUUUGGAGUGCAUGGCAAAGAAAAUGAAUGAAAGGCUUAAAAUUCAUAUGUAUUACUGGUUGAUAUUUUUUUUAGGAAAUUAUAAAUUUAUUGAGAAGUGCACUAGUCAAGGCAAAAUUAACGGUACCUUCUUGUGA